UCUCUUCGGGGCGGGAGAGCGGCGGCGGCGGCGGCGGCGGCGGCGGCGGCGGCGGCGGCGGGGGGGGCAGGGCCGGGCAGCGCCGCUGUCGCCCCGGCACUGAGCGCUCGCUCGCACCGGCAGCAGCGCUGCCCGCCCGCCCGCCCGCCGCCCCGGAGGUGCCGAGAGAUGGAUCUGCUCUUAAGUAAAGCUUUGCAAAAACUGGGAAGUGCCACAUUGGAGCUCUUGAAUUUGGACUGCUUCCAGGCCUAACAUCCAGAAACUCGUCCCUAUGGGUGGUAAAUAUAAAGAGGCUGGAUGCGAAGGAGGAAGCAUGGUAAAGGCAGCAUCUUUCCAGGAUCCAUGGGCUCUUUGAGAGAUGAUCAGAGGGCGGCCAGAUGAUCUGCACAACACGCACACCGCUGUUUCUCGUCUGCAAAGGCAGCAUCGGAGCGUUCUCCCCAGCCCCGCGCCGCCCGGUUUGCCCGAUCGAUUCCGGAUGUUUCGCAGCUGCGAGUGGGAGGUCCUGGAGCGAUCCCUCAAUAUCCUCCAGGCCAGCGACUUCUACUGGGGCCCCUUGUCUGUGGGGGAGGCUCACGCCAAGCUCCAGAGGGAGCCUGUUGGCACCUACUUGGUGCGGGACAGCUCGCAGGGGAACUGCUUGUUCAGCCUGAGCGUGCGGAUGCCGACGGGGCCCGUCAGCCUUCGGAUCUCUUUCCAGGAGGGCUAUUUCCGCCUGAAGAACUGGUUUUCAGACUGCGUGGUCCGGCUGCUGGAGCUGGUGGUGGCAGGGACCCGGAACAACCCCUUGCACUUUGACGAGAUGGGGGGAACCCCUCUGGUCUUCUCCGAGCCCCUGUGCCGGAGCCGCCGAGCAGUGCCUACGCUGCGAGAACUGUGCUGCCGGAGCCUGCCCGCUGGUGCCGUGACGGAGGGUGGAGCAGAGCCGGGGGGCUCCUUGGGGAUGCGCCCGAGGGAGGAGGUGUUCUCACCCCCAGGCAGAAGCGGGGGGUCAGCGGGGAGAGUCGUCCCCAGCUCCUCUCCGUCCUGGGCUGGGAGAUGAUGCCAUGUGCGUGAGAGACGAAGGGAGGUGCGUGCUACGUGGCUGUGUUGGUGGGACGCACGCUGCGCUGCUGGGGCUGGACUGCUGCUGCGAGAGGAAGAGGAGGGCCGGGGGAGCAGGGCUUGAACCUGCUGACUGUGACAGCUGCGUCCUCAUACGUGCACAGUGUGUGUGGCCUUCCCCAGAGACGCCUGGGGUAAAGCCAGACCUGAAGAGCAGAGAUUUCCCCUCCCACGAAGUCCCGCUCUUGGCUCCAUUUAUAACUUAUAAGCUUGAGAAGAAGAUGAGUUGCCUGUCAGGCAAAACACAGGUCAGCCCUGUGUUUUCCUCUACCCCAAAGUGCCUAAGCUCGUUUCUGCUACAAAUCUACCCUCGUGAAGUGGUGUGGCUGAGUCCAGUCCCACAGCAGUGCAGCUCGGGCAUCGGUGGGCAUGACCCCCGUGCUGACCAGAUACCCACGUAGCUGCGGCAGAGCAAGAGCACGUUUUGCUUCUUGCAGCACAAAUGCGAUGCCUGUGAGGCCAACGUUUGCCCUGGAGGGAAACCAUUGCAGCAAUGUACAAUACAUGCAGCUUCACUGGCUUUUGCAUUGCUUUAUUUGAACAGAUUUUUGGGAGUGCAGAUGAGUUACUUUAGACUAAGGGCAUGGUAUUCUUGUGGAGAUAACCCUGGUCAGGACAGUCCAGCCUGCCCUGGGAGGGUGUGAAGAGGUGAAGGUCCAGCGCCCUUUCUUACGCUCCUCUGAUAGUGUGCUGCUGCCACCUACAGAGGUGAAAAAGUUUUAGUUUUGCCUCCAAAAAGGCAAGGAAUUUUUUAUAUAAACUUAAAAUGUUAAUAAACAUGUUUUUAUACUUA